GCGAUUCGAGGACCGACGUGUUCUGUGCUGUUAGCAACAUGAAGGGGAUUUUCAUCACUAUUGCAAUCAUACUUCUUCAGCUGGUGCCUGGCUGGGAAUGUAAGAAACCGUCAGACUGCGAGUACCCGCUCGCCUGCAACUCUAUGCUACAAUUUGAGGAUUGCCCAAAAGGUAAAGAGUGGUCCUAUCGUUACGACUCGGAUAGCAGUCAUUGCUACAAGAAUGACUGGAACAAGUGCGGAACAACCUGCAACAACUUCGACACCGAAGAAGAGUGUCGACAAACAUGCAUCGCCAGUAUAUUGGGAUUUUAAAUUGCGGGAAAUGAUCCCAAUAAA